AGUUUGACCUCGGAAGUCUCGCUUGGCAGAGGAGCUGUCAUGGCGGCUGGAACUCUCCCCGCGGCGAUGGCGCCUUACUUCCCCGGUUACCGGCCUUUCGAGCCCGAAUCCCUGGGCCUGGACCCCGGCUUCCGCCUGACCUCCUUCUCGGACAUGAAGGGCUGAGGCUGCAAGGUCCCGCGGGAGACGCUGCUCAGGCUCCUGACGGGACUGGAGGAGGGAGAGCCGCACGGGGAGGGAGGCAGCGGGGACUCGGCCUGUCCGGGGCAGGAGGGGACAAACCCCCGGCUGGGUAUAGGGAUGGAUUCUUGUGUUAUACCUCUCAGACACAGAGGGCUCUCCCUUGUUCAAACCACAGACUUCUUCUAUCCAUCUGUUGAGGAUCCUUAUAUGCAGGGUCGAAUAGCCUGUGCCAAUGUGCUGAGUGACUUGUAUGCUAUGGGGAUCACAGAGUGUGACAACAUGCUGAUGUUGCUAAGUGUCAGCCAAAAGAUGACAGAAGAGGAGAGAGAGAAAGUUACCCCACUGAUGAUUAAAGGUUUUAAAGAUGCUGCUGAAGAGGGAGGCACCUCGGUAACCGGAGGACAGACUGUGGUUAACCCCUGGAUCAUCAUUGGAGGCGUAGCCACUGUUGUGUGCCAGGCAAAUGAAUUCAUCAUGCCACACAACGCUGUGCCUGGAGAUGUACUUGUUCUUACCAAGCCUUUAGGGACCCAGGUGGCAGUGAACGCACACCAGUGGUUGGACAAUCCUGAACGGUGGAACAAGAUCCGCAUGGUGGUGAGCAGAGAAGAUGUGGAGCUGGCAUAUCAGGAAGCAAUGUUCAAUAUGGCUACUCUUAACCGUACCGCUGCAGCUCUGAUGCACAUGUUCAACGCACAUGCUGCCACUGAUAUAACUGGUUUUGGAAUCUUGGGCCAUGCCCAGAAUCUGGCACAGGAGCAGCACAGCGAGGUCAGCUUUGUCAUCCACAACUUGCCGAUUAUCGCCAAGAUGGCAGCUAUUACCAAAACCUGCGGUAAUCGUUACGGAUUAUUGCAAGGGACUUCUGCAGAGACAUCAGGAGGUCUUCUCAUCUGUCUGCCACGGGAGCAGGCAGCCCGCUUUUGUGCGGAAAUCAAAUCACCAAAGCAUGGAGAAGGUCACCAAGCCUGGAUCAUUGGCAUAGUGGAGAAGGGCAAUCGCUCAGCUCGCAUCAUUGAAAAGCCAAGGAUUAUCGAGGUGACCCCACGGGGAGCAGGGACCAGUGACAAUAGUAAUACUUCUACCUUAGAUGGAUCAUGCUAAACUUCCAAGAAUUAUUUUUCCAUGAAGGACGACUUAGUUUUGCGUGUGCUGCAGCUGGAAUUAGAUCUUUAAUCUGAGAAUGGAUCUGCUGGUGAUUGGCUGAUUUUUAUGUUUUAAUUUGGUUAAUUCAAUUUUACGGGAAGCACAGCCUUAUUUUUUUUUCUCCAUCACUCACUUCUAAUCUUGGCUCCAGGCCUGAGCAGCUGGACUGAGAUUGAGUGAGUAGAGGUGAUUUUAGCUGCCCAGAACCAUUCCUCUGUCCAUGAAGUUGCUUUCUUUUGAAACCCAUCAUUGGGCUGGAAGUGGCGGAUGCUUUCAGAAGAUGGUAAAGACAGUGUCACCUCUUGGUAGGCCUUCCUGUCUUUUCAAUAAACAUCAUGCUUUGUAGAACAGA